AGCGGGCGGUAGCUGGUACAACCCUCCGAGCUGCAGCAGUAGUGCAGUCCCUACCCCCAGGUACGCUAGCGUCCUCUGUAUCAACACUACGAGCGCCGCAGCCGAACUAGCUUCAUAUUUACAGCAAACCGGCACCGACCCGGAGCCAUGGAGGCCAAAACUGACAAGGUGGAGCCCGCGGACAGCGAGCAGGACGACGAGGAAGACGUGUACGAAGUGGAGAGGAUCAUUGACAUGCGAGUGGAAGAGGGUGAGGUCCUCUACAGAGUCCGAUGGAAGAAUUACUGCUCUGACGAUGACACUUGGGAGCCAGAGGCCCAUUUAGAGGACUGUCGAGAAGUCCUCCUGGCCUUUAAGAAGUCAAUGGCUGAAGCUAAGGCCAAGAAAGAGGCAGAAGCUAAGAAGGCUGUGACAAGUAAGUUGCUACCUGUGAAAAGCGAUGUGUUUGAUGCCGACUCAGAGAGCGACAGCGACAAAGACCGGCCUACUGACUCGCCUGUCAAGAAGAAGAAAAAGAAGAAGGUUCGGGAAGAAGCAGAAUCACCUCCUAAGGAGAAACAGAAAAAGAAGAAGAAAGAGAAACGCAAGGAGGAGUUACGACCCCUGCCGGCACCAGAAACAGAUGAAGAAGAGGAGACAGUCCCGACUCCACCAUCUCCUCCUAAAGAGAAAAAGACUGAAUCAAAAAAGCGCGUUGUUGACUCUGAGGAUGAGGAUGAUGAGCCUGUUCCCUCCAAAAAACACAAGAAGGAAAAGGGAAAAGAAGCUGGAAAGCACAAGAAAGAAAAGGCAGAGGAGGGGAAGAAGAAGAAAGGGAAAAAGGACCGUAAGGUUGAAACUUCUGAAGACGAGGCCACGGCUCCGCUGGAGGACGACCUGAGCGAAGGGCUGUCAGAGUCCCAAAUGGACGAUUCUGCAUCAACUGACACUGUAACGAAAUCUGUGGAAAAGCCAGGUUUGGACGACAAGGCAAAACAGAAGAAGGGAAAGUGGGAAGUAAAGCUGCAGGGAAUUAAGGACCUUAUUCAUGACAAAAAGAGCAAAAAGACAGAUGGCUCCCAGAAAGAAAGCAACCUCCAAAAAGCAAAGAGCCAUGCCUCUAAAAGCAAAGAGGACACUGCUCCACAAUCGGACUCCAGUGAUAGCUCCACCCUACAUAAGAAAGCUAAAGGCAAAGGGCAGGAUACCACGUCAGUGCCAUCUAAAGUCCCAUCUUCUUCCUCAUCGUCGUCCUCGUCCUCUGUCACAGCUGCUACCACUACAAAGGGAAAGGAGGAGGAGGCGCCUAAAGAGGAGGUAUUAGGACCGAAGGAUGCCACAGGUUCAACUAAUCUGUUUGAAAAGUUCCUCUUAAACUGCGAAGCAAAAGAUCGUGCCCCCCGCAGGCAGGCGGCAACUCAUCAACCUGUCAUAGAAAAGACCAGCACCAAACUUACAAAGGUUCCAGGAAAGACUGAGAAGGUUUCCAAGUCGGCCAAAGAAUCUCCAGUUCAGAAAGCAGAGCCUGAGAAGACAGAGAGGAGUAAGCAAUCAGAUGCUCCCAGACCUGGCCAGAGUUACGGCUUCAGCCUGGACAGUGAUGAGAAGGAGGAGGAAUCCACAGGAAAGCCGAGGCCUGGAGAGGAUUCCCGGGAGCGUAGGGAGAAACCGGAGGAGGCUCAGCGGUCCGGCUGGGAGAGGAAAACCCAGACUGAUGACAGGAGGAAGAGGAGGGAAGACAGUGAGCCGAGACUCUUCAUAGCGUGUGAUGAUACCCCAGACCCACCAGAGGGCGCAGACAAACCUGACAAGGGUCAAGCCACUCUGAGUCUAGGAAUGGACCUCAACCUGGACUGGAUGACUCUGGACGACUUCCAGAAACAUCUGAAUGGAGAGGAUGAGAUCUUGUCUGGUCCACCAUUGUCACCAAGUGAGUUGCGAGAUGCUGUGAAAAGUGGAGAUUACAUGGCUGUCAAACUGGCACUUAAUUCCAAAGAGGACUACAAUCUGGACCAAGAGGCCUGUACUUUUGGUGAGAAGAGGUCAUUUGAAGGAGAGAGGAACUUGAUUGAAGAGAGAAGUUCGAGUGGUGCUUAUAGAUUGACUUCUAACAUUGACAUUGCAAGGAAUGAAGAGGGCACUCCAAAAGCAAAAGAGAAUGUCUCACGAGAUUGGAAUGGUCCGAUAAAUAACUGCCUUACCAGUACAAACACUGAGCAAGUGACCAUGAGGGAAAAUGACAGUUUCCAACAAGGUGGAAACAAUAUAACUGACUACAAUAACACAGCUUUUGGUUCAGUUACCGAGUGGCAAAGUCAAGGACAGGAAGAGGAAGACGACACAAUUGGUGGCUUAUCGAGUGAAAUGAUUGUCAACAUUGAAAAUUCUGAUCUCCCCAGAAAUGCAGAAGGAAUGGUAACAAAGGGCAAAGUUAACAAAAACAAGCAAACAAAUGACUCAAUUGAUGAGGGAAAGGAUGUGGUGGCAGGUAACUUGGAUAGCACAGAUCAAGACCUAUCUAAGUCGGGCACCAAAGAGACUGUUCAAAUGCAAUUACGCCGUCGCAGGAAAACUUCUGAGAAGAGACAACCAACACGAUCAAGUCUGAGGAACUGUAAGAAAGUGAUGGAAACAACACCUAGCACAGAAAAAGAAGAGAAGAAAGAGUUGAGCAAAAAGCAUUUCUGUUUGUAUUGCAGAAUGGCUUUUACACAACUUGCAAAGCAUUUGGAAAGAAAACAUGGAGAGGAAACAGAUGUUGCUCAUGCAAUACACUUUCCCAAAGGUUCUAAAGUCAGGCAGACGUUGCUUGACCAAAUUCGCAAUAAAGGAGAUUAUGAACAUAAUUGCCAAGUUCUUAAAAGUGGUGAGGGGGAAAUUGUGACCAAGAAACAGGCAAAGAAACCCACCAUAUCAGUUCGAGACUUUCUGCCUUGUCAGCACUGUUUUGCAUUCUACCGCAAAACUGACUUAUGGAGACAUGAACGAUCAUGUAAGGCCAGAAAGGGAGAUCAGAAAUCCUCUGAAAGUACAAAAAGAACCAGAGGUCACAGUGCUGCCUCCCGGCUGCUUCCAAUGUCAGAGUUUUUAACUGGAGGCUGCGAGGAAAUCAUCCACAUAAUGCAUCAAGACGACAUCUCGAAGCAUAUCAGAAAUGACCCACUUAUUUGUAAAUAUGGCAAUGCCUUGUCUGUCAAGUAUGAACAUGACAAGUCUCAGUUUGCCUAUAUUGCGCAAAAAAUGAGGGAGCUGGGCCGAUUUGUGCUCGCUGUAAAUGAGCUUGACAAAAGUGUGAAAUUCUUGCAUGAAAUAUGUCUACCAUCCAAAUUUGAAUUAGCUGUUGAGGGCGUCAAAAAAGUUAGCGGGUUUGACCCAAGUUCCAGUAAAUUUAAAACUAUUUCCCUCGUCUCAAAGAUUGGCUACUCUCUAAAACGAGCUGCAGAGAUAGCUUUCGGGGAAAGCCGCAUGACAGAGGACAGUGAAACAGAAAGUGAAGUUAAAAAGUUCAUACAGCUUCUUGACACAAAAUGGAGUGAGUGUUUUUCUCGCAAAGCGCUUGCCUUAUCUUUAAAGCAAGAAGUCAAGAAAGUUGAGGUUGACAAAUCAACUGUGACAGAAGAUUUGAUAAAACUCCACAGGUUCAUCACCGGGGAGGAAGAUGAAGCUCGGAAGGAACUGAAAGAAAAUCCUAGUUUGUCAACAUGGAAGAAGCUUAGUGAAGCCACUUUAGCAGAUGUGUGUCUGUUUAACAGAGGAAGGGUAGGAAAUAUUGGUAGACUACUCUUGCAAACCUACACUCACAAAAAGAGUGGGGGAACAUUUUUGCCUUCUGCAGAUCAAGUAAGGAAAAGCACAAAACUGGAGUUGGACCUUGGUUCCAAUUUUACCAGGUUGGAACUAGAAGGUCAGUAUGGAAGGAACAUGCUGGUUCUACUAACAGAAAGGAUGGUCUUGUCAAUCGACUUGCUUGUUGAAAACAGGGAGCAAGCAGGUGUGUCAAAAACAAACCCAUACCUGUUUGCACGGACUGAAGGCCCAUCCUUCAUCAGAGGAUUAGAUUGUUUCCGAAGGGCUGCGAUGGAAUGUGGAGUAAAAAACCCUGAAGCCCUUCUGUCCUCUUCAUUAAGAGAGCAAAUUGCAAGCUGCUGGCAGCUAAUGAGCCUCAGUGAAAGCGAAUUGGAUCAAGUGGCCACACUAGUGGGAAGGAGCAGCCAAGAGUGUUACAGGCUCUCAAAAAAUGCUUCCCAACUGGAGGAAAUGAGCAAAGAGCUGCUGAAGAUGGAUCGAACACUGCCAUCAGCUCCACCUAGCACUGCCACAGACGGAACUGUGCAAAAACCUGCUUUAAAGAGAAGACCUUGGAGUGAGAAGGAGCAGACUGCUGUGAAGCGUUACUUGAAUGAUUUUAUCACAAGGAUGAAGGUGCCAGGCAAAAAGGAGUGCAAUGCUUGCAUAGCUGCUGAACCAGAUCUCGGAGGAAGAUCUUGGACAGAUGUUAAAAACUACGUACACAACACACUACAGACAGUACGCAGAAGAAAUAACCAGCAUAAGCCCGAAGGAAACGUGAAAACUUUAAAUCCAAAGAGUCCAAAAGCUGAAGUCCAAAUCACAAAGACAGAUUUGGAGGACACAAGCAUAAUGUGUAAUAUGACAACAGUGCAUCCAGAUCAUCUGAGAGAAAGUUCAAACUGUUGUAUGACAAUGCCGCCGCAAACCAACUUGAGAGACUCAUUGCCUUUCACCCAAGAGUUGACUUCAAGUUACGCAUCAUUGUGUUCCACUAGUGCAAAUAUGGUCCAUACAAGUCAGCCAUUGAUUUCUACUUUCACAGCAUUGAAUGCAACUGACACUCAAGUGGUUCCUACGUUCACUCCCCACAACACUACAAACGCAUUAAUGCCUCCUCCCUACACAUCAGAAAACAACAGAAUUCAUCCAAUGUCUUCUUUGUAUACACAGAAUGCCACAAGUAUGCCACCCCCUUCUGUGUAUGCACCGCAGGACACCACAAGUUCUCCACUGAUUCCUUCUUUUACCCCACUUAAUUCUCCGAGUACCUCAAUGAUUCCUACUUACACGCAGUUAAAUACUGCAAGUGCAUCAAUGAUCCCUUCAUUCUCAACACUAAAUGACACAAGUCGGUCUAUUAUUUCUUCAUUCACACCUCUGAGCCAUUCAAGCGCACCACCUUACCCCACAAGCCCACCCCGGGUUCCUACAACAGCACAGGUUGUCCCCACUAUCCAUGGGCCCAGUGUUUCAGACAUGGCAGCAGUGGGACAGGAAAGUACGCCCAUGUCUUCUGCAGGAAGAAAAGCCACUCCAGCUGCUAAGCCUCAAAAGAGGAACAAGAGGUUGUGGAGUGAGGAAGAACAGGCGGCAGUAAGGCGUCAGCUUGGAGACUUCUGUAAACUGGUGAAAAUACCAGGCAAAAAGGAUUGUGAUGCAUGUUUAGCAGCUGAACCUGCCCUCAACAGCAGAACAUGGAGGGAGGUCAAAUAUUUUGUACAUAACUCAAUUCAGUCACUGAAAAGAAGAGGUCACGUAGUUGCCUCCAAGCAAACUGCAGAACCGGAACCAGAGCCUCAUAAUUCAAACACUGAAUGGGACGGUCCAGUGUAUCUGUCCCUGUAAAUAUUUUAAAUGGACAUGCAAAAAAAAAAAAGUGAUCUGUGCAUUGUCAGGUUUCUGUGUAUGAAGGGCUGUGGCUUUAACCUUAAAUUGUAUCAGGCUUAAGUUCAACAGAUGUGAAUACUUGUAAAAUGUACUGCUGGCAAAACUUGGCCUCAGCAGCCAUGUGGGUCUUGACAUUUACAAAUAGCCCUGCCAUCCUUCAAAUUACAUAUCUCAAAAGACCCUUGAGUAUCAAGUCCGGUGGACCAAGUUAGUAGUUGCAUAAUUAAACACUAAAUGGGUGAAGUUGAGGACAAUUUGUACUGUGGCUCAGAAUGGGCACCUUUUAAUUUUAGUAUGGUUAGAUUGCAUAUAUGUGUGAAACACAGUCAAGUAUGUAACACUGUCACCUUGUCCAGUCAUCACAUAUUAUCUUCCAGAAGUGCUCUAAUUGAGAUGUACACUUCAUUUCACCGGGAUUCAUGACUUGCCUCCGGUCACUGACUGGGCCAAGUAGUUGCCUUGUCACCCAAACAAGCUUUCACAACCCCACGGCUACUUUCUUUGGGACUUUCCUUAUCCACACUAAACGGGGGAUUUUUCACCCUUUUUCUGAGCAAAGAUAGUCUGAGUGACUGUACAUUUGCAUAGGGACUUUUACUCUUCUUUACUUUGAAACACACUUGUACAUCUGUCUUUCUGCCUGUACGGUUUUUAGUAGCAUUUUUAUGAUUUUUGAAAAGAAUAGAAAACGUACCAGCAAAUGUUUGCAGUCGAUCCCUCCAGAAUGAUAAAUGCAAGUUGACUUGUUUUGCAUCAUUUCUGAAUGCCUAACUCAAGUGUUCUAUAUUCUUGCUUUAGCCAGUAGCCUAUAUUGUAGAUAGCCUGCAGCAGUAAUGACAUAAUUUCCUUGCUGAUGUUAGAGAAUUAGGAGCUGUGUUUAUACCUCUCACUGAAAUAUACAAAAGGAUUUUUUUUUUCCUUUGAAGUUCCUGUUGAUAAUUGUCCAUUAUUAUCAUUUAUAUGUUUUUUUUAAGUAUUAACAAGCUAAACCCUAAAGGUUUGGUUGUAUUUUUGUAUCACUAUACAGUGACUGUGUAGAGCAUUUAGUAUUAUAUUGUAUUAGAUAUACUCUAAUUUGAGGUAAAAUACACUAUCGUGGUAUAAUUUGUAUUUCUUCAUUUUAGGUUUUUGUUACUGGGAUGUUUGUGACAUGAAUAUCCACUUACCAAGAUCAGAUUGCCUUAUUCUGUGCAAUUUAUACUUUAUUUCAGUUUUUCCUGAAUACAGUUGAUUGCAUCUAACACACAACAUAGAAAGUACGAUCUUGAUAGAAUUGUUGCCAGUAAAUCAAAAGAUUUUUAAAAUUUUUAUAAGUUAGGUGAUAUUACUAAAGUUAAUACAUUAAUCAAGAACUGAGUAUAGAUUGUUAAAGUGGUGAGUGUACCGGACAUUAGACAGUGGAUGAAAAGUUUAGUUUCCUAUCCUUGUGGAUAAGUUAGUAACUAAAUUCUUUUUUAGUAUUAUCACCUUUAACUAGAAAUGUUUACUUUAGUAAGCACAAACGUACUCCACAUUUUGUUAUAAGCAAAACUUAAAGUUUGUAACUUCAUCAUGCAAACCUUGUUGAAGAUUUAUGACUGAAUAGUGAAUACAGAUUCAACCUUUAUUUACCAACAGCAGACUGCUGGUCACAUGCUUGGCAACUGUAGUUUUAUCAAACAACGUUGUGACAUUUCAGUUCAAAAUUGGGUCACUGCAGUGUUUCUUUCACAUGGGGUGAAGAUGAUCUCAUGUCUGGUUCUUGGUUGAUGUCUUAAUGAGGACACAGGAAAAGAAAUUUAACAACAUGCAGUGUUCAGUUUUCAUUAUUUCGGAAUUUUCUUUGACCACAAAAGGAGAGGACGUUAUUGUCAUGAGGUCUAGACGAACACCGCUGCUUUUUGUCACUGAUUGAAGCCUUUGUUUUAUCCUCAGUAGCAGCUGUAGUGAACCUGUGUAGUCACCAGUGUUCACCCUUUCAUACCAAAGUCAUUAGUGUCAGACAUGCAUAAAACCCUGACUGUGGAGAGUGUUGCAGAGCUGAGUCACACAGCCGACGUCAACUCAUUUCAACCCCACAGGCUUUUCCUGUGUUGUUGUUUUCUUAUUACAGGAGUAAAACUGUGUUGCAGUAUAUACAGUAGUUACAGAUACAAUUGUAUUUGGAAAAUUAAUCGAUGGAAUGAUGUUUGAUCGUUCAGACACUACCAUUGCUGUUUGGUGUUGCAAAGCAAUGAUUUUUCUGUUCUCCCUGCAUCGUAGAUAGAUAUUUUUCAUUGCUGUUGUAUGAACACUCGUUGCGUGUUACUCCUCAUCCUGUAAUUAUGUUGCCUUCAGUUAAUGCUUCCUAUCAAGUAUUGUAGGGAAACUUAUAACUUCUGCUUGUACAAUAAAAUGCUUCUUGGCUAAAAAUUUGAGAUUUUGUGAUGAAAAGCAUGUUUUAGCAUCGCUGAAUGUUUUGCCUUUUGAUCCAAUUCCUUAGAAGUACCAAAGGAGACCAUGUGUAGUAGAUACGAGCUUGCAAAUGUGCAGAAUUUUAUUAGUCCACAGUCAUGCUAGCAGCUCUGUAGGGCUGAAUGAAGAGAGAUAUUAUUGAAACUGCAAUAUUUGUUUGUACAAUAUUCAAAUUACAGAAGCUGCAUUUUUUUGAUAAAGGUAAAACGUGUCACAA